AUGGCCAAGGUAGACCAAAAAGUUGCAUUGAUCGUCAUUGACGGUUGGGGCAUCGCUGGCCCCAACUCUCCACCAGAGGGAGACGCGAUCGCCGCUGCAGAGACUCCUGUCAUGUCAUCCUUUGCCGACCCCAAGUCCAAGACUGCGCAAGGAUACACAGAGCUCGAUGCCUCGUCUCUGGCAGUCGGUCUCCCCGAAGGCCUCAUGGGCAACAGUGAAGUCGGCCAUCUCAACAUCGGUGCUGGUCGUGUCGUCUGGCAGGACAGCGUUCGUAUCGACCUGACCUUGAAGAACGGCAAAUUGGGCGAAGUCGAAAACAUUCGCAAAUCAUUCCAGCGUGCCGUGGAUGGCAAUGGACGUCUUCACUUGUUGGGAUUGGUCUCUGAUGGUGGUGUGCACUCGCAAAACAAGCAUUUGUACGGUCUUCUCCAGGUUGCCAAGGAUAUGGGUGUGCCCAAGGUUAUUAUUCACUUCUUUGGUGAUGGUCGUGAUACCGACCCCAAGAGUGCCGCCAGAUAUAUGCAGGAAUUGUUGGAUAAGACCAAGGAACUCGGUAUUGGUGAAGUCGGCACUGUUGUUGGUCGUUACUACGUUAUGGACCGUGAUAAACGCUGGGAUCGCGUUGAGAUUGGUAUGAGGGGUAUUAUCACUGGAGAGGGAGAGGCCAGCACCGACCCUGUCAAGACUAUUGAAGAGCGCUACGCCAAGGGCGAGAAUGAUGAGUUCUUGAAGCCUAUCAUUGUUGGUGGCAAGGAGAACCGUGUUCAUGAUGACGACACCCUUUUCUUCUUCAACUACCGAUCAGACCGUGUCCGCGAGAUCACUCAAUUGCUUGGAGGCUACGAUCGCUCUCCCAUACCCGACUUCCCCUACCCCAAGAACAUUCAAAUUACCACCAUGACCCAAUACAAGUCCGACUACCCCUUCCCCGUUGCCUUCCCCCCUCAACACAUGGGCAACGUCCUUGCUGAAUGGCUCGGAAAGCAGAAUAUCAGCCAGAGCCACAUCGCCGAAACCGAAAAAUACGCGCACGUCACAUUCUUCUUCAACGGAGGAAUCGAGAAACAAUUCCCCGGCGAAGAGCGUGACAUGAUCCCAUCGCCCAGAGUUGCAACUUAUGACUUGCAACCCAAGAUGAGUGCGUGGGCUGUUGGAGAAAGAGUCGCUGAGCGUAUUGCUGAAGAGAAAUUUGGACUUGUCAUGAACAAUUUUGCGCCUCCAGAUAUGGUUGGCCAUACCGGUGUAUAUGAGGCUGCUAUUCAGGGUGUGGCCGAGACUGAUAGGGCUAUUGGCCAUAUCUAUGAAGCGUGCAAAAAGCAUGGCUACAUUCUGUUCAUUACUGCCGACCAUGGUAACGCCGAAGAAAUGCUCAACGAGGAGCGCAAACCCAAGACCUCUCACACUUUAAACAAAGUUCCAUUCGUCAUGGCCAAUGCCCCUGAAGGCUGGAGCUUGAAGAAGGAAGGGGGCGUUCUUGGAGAUGUCGCACCUACAAUUUUGGAAGCUAUGGGUAUCGAACAGCCCGAAGAGAUGACCUGCCACAGUCUUUUGGUCAAGUCCUAG